AAUUGACAAGGGCUUGGUCUUUUCUAAUGUUGUCUAGAAGUUCUUGGUCUUAUAUUAUAAAAUGAUACGAUCUUCUAUUAUAAAAAUAAGCCGAACCAAAUGUUCCACAUGACUUCCAUUAUUCAAGUCCAUUUACAGGCUACGUCAUGGAGCUUAUGCUUCAACGUCUCAACAAUGAUGUCAUCAUUAAUCUUCAUUAAUCCGUACCGUUCAUUUUAUUUUGCCGUUGACCAUAUCGACCGUUCAAUGUUAACACCGACGGGCCUAUAAGAGUAUCUUCAUAGUUUAGCAAAACAAAUAUAUCAGCAAAAUAAAUAUUUUCCGGUCUGAACUGUACGACGCCGUUGCAGUUUCUUGUGCCUAACAUGAGCUCGGAGAUGAAAGAGGAACGCCGCGAAGAAGAUAACGGUAAAGCUUGUGGUGAUGAGUACAGAGGGAAAUCGUCAACAGAAGUUGUACGUACGGUGACGGAAGAAGAGGUGGAUGAGUUUUUCAAGAUAUUACGGAGACUACACGUGGCGACACGGACCGUGGCGAGAGUUAACGGCGGUGACGCUGAACGUGAGUUACCUUCUAAGAAGAGGAAACGGAUUCAGAGUCUUGGCCUGAGGAGCUCAUUGGAUACUAACGAAGUUCAAGAUGAAGAAUCAGAUGGAAUAAAUCGGGUCGGGCUACGGAAUUUGGGUUUGGAUCUUAACUGUCAACCGGAACCCGAAGCAGUUAAAAUGUAAUCCUUCUUCAUAACUAAAAUAUUGUUCCAGUAAUCUAUUUUCAAUUUAACUAAAAUAUUUUUUUAUUAGCUGGUUCUAAAAAAAGUACUAAGAUAUUAUCCAAGUUCA